UUGAUGCAUGUUUACAUCUGUUUUACCAUUAAGAUUUUCUUGAAAAGUGUAAUAUGUGUCGUCAACGCUUGAAGAUAUUGCUCUUUGCACUGCUUUCUUUGACUCUGCUAAUUUCUUGCUACUUGUCAAUUUAUACUUCAAGGGGAGAAUUUAUUUCAAUACGCUCUGGUGAAUCUACGGUUAAAAUGCGCUUUUACUCUAUUCAUCAACGCAAAUAUAUUGAAGGAAUUGAUUUUAAUAUGUUGCAGAAAAUGAUAUCACAGACAAAGAAACAAAGUCUACGAGUUUAUAUCGCUAAAGACAGAAACUCUGGCAAAGAAAUAAUCAAAAUAGAAAAUACACCAAUAAAUUUUCCAAAGGUCAUUGAUGUCUUAAAUACAGAAAAACCGCCUGCUUCCAAAGAUAAAAAAAUAUGCAUACGUUCAUUACAUGUUCAACGACCAGCUAUCAAAAAAUACUCGAGCAUUCUUAAGUCUUUGUGCACAAGCAGGACGGAACAAAAGAUAUGUUGUUAAACCUUACGUUAGAGCAACUAAACUAAGUUCUGAUGACUCCUGGUAUAAAUUAGACGAUUAUUAUGAUGUUCAUCACAUGGAAGACUUACUUGUUGCCAGUAAUUAUGCUGGGUUGGUUAACAAAGAAGAAUAUAUACGUGAAUGUCCAACUGAAGAUCCUAAUCAUGUCAGUAUACAUUUUAUUGACAAUUCUGAAACAUCAAAAAAUUCCUUUAGGUCAAUGUUCAGAUUGAAAGCAGAUUAUGUGAGCAAAACGACAGCAAAUGCCCAACAACAUGGAUGGACAGAAUGUGACUUUCUUAAUAAAUUUAUCAGCCGCACCCCAGGUAGACAAUAUUGCGUCCACUCUGAGGUGGUAAGAGAAUGGGAAAAAAUAGAAGAAAUAAUAAAAGAAAAUAAAUGUCUUAACAUAUAUCAAUGGAGAGGAAUUGAUGGCGUUUCUCAUAGAUUAAAGUUCUCAGAAGAUGAUUUAAAAUACUCAUCCAUUGAUCUUACCUACGCUUUACGUUCUGGAAGUAGUGUCGAAAAUGAAGUGAAUGCUUUUGCUGGCAAGUUCCUUGGUGACAAAUACAUAGCUGUUUAUGUGAGAAGUGAAUUUAUGCUUCGAAGAGGAGACAUGGAUUAUUUACAAAAAUGCGUGAACUUGGUCCUUCAGGUUUUAAGUGCUGUAAAAGAGCAUAUAAAAUUAUCUCAAGAAUUCGUAGCAACUGAUAUGGGAAAGUUUGGCUCUGGAUGGUUGGUCAGGUAUAGAAAGGAGAAAAAGUUGAAUGAAAAUGUUUUCAACGAUCUGAUUGAUUAUAUAAUUAGGGAAUCAAAAGGUAUUUCAUUCAUUCCAUCGUCGGACUCAUUAGAUCGAGGUGUAAUAGCCCUCACCAACAUGAAUCUUGUUAGUCGUGCUCGACAUUGAAUUAUUGCAGGGACUGGUACAUUUCAACAGUGGAUCUCAGCAAAGUUUUUAGACAAUCGAAGAUAUGAUCGUGAUGAGCGGUCCAAAAUAACUGUGUGUAAUUAAUGUUUCAUAAACAUUUAAAAAAUAUUUCUUUGCUUAGAUGCUGAUUUAGAAUUUUUCAA